AUGUCCCAAGAGCCCCCCCUCUGGUCACCCCCCAGCCCCAGCACCACACAGACAGCCCACUUCCUCCGCCGCAUCAAUACCGCCCAUGGCCUGGCCCUCGCAGACUACAACGACCUCUGGCAAUGGUCUUGCACUCACCGCUCAGAUUUCUGGUCGGCCGUAUGGGACUAUGAGCAAGUCUUGGGAGACAAGGGCGGGCAAGGACCUUAUGUCGAUGAGAGCAGGACGCCGGAAGACAAUCCCCUCUGGUUCCAGGGCGCCGAGCUGAACUGGGCUGAAAACCAGCUUCGGCACGCCAAAACUCGUCCCGACGACAUUGCCAUCAUCCAAGUAUCAGAGUCAUGUGACGGCUACCAAGCACCUACCAAGCGAAUGACACAGCGGGAGCUAUGCACUCUCGUGGGUCGCGCCCAGCGCUCACUCAAGAAAGCCGGUGUGUCACAAGGCGACCGUGUAGGUUUCUGGGGUGGAAACUGUCUCGAAGCCGUCGUCACGCUCCUGGCUACUUCGUCCCUCGGGGCCAUCUUUUCGUCGGCAGCAGCAGAUUUUGGAACGGAGGGUGUGGUGGAGAGGCUGGAGCAGAUACAGCCAAAGGUUUUGGUGGUGACAAAUGGGGUAGUGUAUGGUGGUACGCCGAGGCCGUUGUUGGCCAAAGUCGGACCGCUGCUCAAAGCUCUCUCGAAGCCUCCAGCGCAGGUCGUGGUGGUAGAUCAUUUGCCAGAGGAGAUCGCUUCUACUCCAAAAGAGCUUGAAGGUCAGGUGAAGCGGUGGGACAGCUGGCUGGAUAGUGAGGAACGAGACACCGAGUUCUUGAGGAUUGGCUUCAACGAGCCGAUAUGGGUCCUAUUCUCCAGUGGUACUACCGGUAAACCCAAAGCCAUUGUCCACCGCCAAGGCGGCAUGCUCCUCGACGCCCUCCGCGAACACCACCUCGCCGGCGACAUCGGGCCAUCGUCCGUCUUCUUCUACUACACCACCCCCGGCUGGAUGAUGUUCCAAUACCUCAUAUCCUCCCUCUCCACCGGAUCUACUAUCGUCCUCUACGAAGGAUCGCCUCUCAAACCCGAGGGGAGGCUUUGGGAUAUGGUGGAUGAGCUUGGCGUGACGGUCUUUGGGACAAGCGCAAAGUGGUUGGAGUAUACAGAGAGGGCGUAUCCAAAUGUGGGAGAGAAGCAUGAUCUGGGGACUCUGGAGCAGAUAUUGAGUACCGGGAGCCCCUUACCGCCGAGCUCGUAUGAUUUUGUGUAUGGCAAGGUGAAGAAGGAUGUGCUGCUGGGGUCUGUUACUGGCGAGUCUUCACGCACAUCCGGUAUAAGCCCAAAGACUGACCUUACUCAAGGUGGCACGGACGUAUGCUCAGUGUUUGCCGGACGCAAUACAAGUCUACCGGUCUAUCACGGCCAGAUCCAAUCUCGAAUGCUCGGCUUUGCGCUCGACACCGACGCUGGUCCCGACCAACCUGGAGAACUGAUUUGUACCGAAGCAUUCCCUAUCGAGCCCUUGGGCUUCUGGCCACUGCACGGAUCAGGGUUCUCGGAAGAUCAAGUCGCGGCAGCCAAGCAAAGGUUCCAAGAGAGCUAUUUCAAAGGGGAUGGCGGAGUUUGGUACCAUGGGGACUAUGUCCAAAUCACUCCAUCUCAAGAUGGCAACUCGGGCGGUCUCGUCAUGCUCGGUCGCUCUGACGGUGUUCUGAACCCCGGCGGUAUCCGAUUCGGAGCCACAGACAUCUACUCUGUCCUAGAGACGAGAGAGUAUGCAGAAGGUGAAGGGGUGGAAGAGUGCUUGGUUGUGGGGCUCAUGGUUUCUGGUGGGAGUGACGAGAAGGUCGUGCUUUUUGUCAAGAUGAAGGAAGGGAAGACUUUGAGUGAGGGUUUGGUGGGAAAGAUGAAGGCGAGUAUCAGGAGUGCUAGGAGUGCGAGACAUGUGCCCGCAAAGUUUCUGCAAGCGUCAGACAUCCCCGUCACCCUCACUGGCAAACGAAUUGAAGUACCCAUACGAAAAGUGAUCAACGGCGCGCCCUUGAGCAGCACCAACCCCUCCACAUUACGAAAUCCCGAGUGUUUGCAAGAAUACUUCAGGCUUGGUGAACGGUUGAGAGAUGAAGAAGGUGUGGGGGCGGGCAUUUAUGGUGGGCUGUAG